GCGCCAGAAACGUCAGAAUAAAACGCGAACCAAAUCGCUCAUUAUGUCUUCUUGUGUAUAAAAAUUCGUAGCUUUGCUUAAAUUUAACAUUUUUUCAGUAAAAGUUUAAUAGUUCGUGCUGUUAGUGGUUUCCUGAUAUCCCUUCUUGGGCAUUAUGUCCAAUCACUACGACAUACCUUCAUGGGCUGGUAAGCCGCCCACGGGUCUGCACCUGGAUGUUAUGAAGGAAGACAAAUUGGUUCAGAAGCUGAUGAUCGACGAAAAGAAAUGCUACCUUUUCGGUCGUAAUCCUCAGAUGAACGACUUCUGCAUCGACCAUGCGUCCUGCUCUCGUGUCCACGCCGCAUUCGUCUACCACAAGCAUCUGAACAUUGCGUAUCUGGUCGAUUUGGGCUCAACCCACGGCACGUACAUCGGUUCGGUUCGGUUGGAGGCUCACAAGCCAACUCAGUUGCAGAUUAACUCAACGUUCCAUUUCGGCGCAUCGACUAGGCACUACAUGCUCCGGGAGAGGCCAAACGUCCGGUCGAAUAUAAUGGAAGACAUCCCGAUGAUGGAUACCAGCGAUGGAACAUAUCUUGGGCUUCCCGAGAGUCAAACCGAGCUCGAUAAUUUGACUGAAUACAACACCGCUCAUAACCGAAGGAUUUCUAUGCUGGGCAUUGCCGAUGAGACCAGCAACUAUAAGAAGAACAUGAAAAACAAAAGAAAAAGGAAAGGCGUUCAGUUCAAUGAAGAUGAAAUUGUCAUCAACCCUGAAGACAUCGAUCCAAGCAUUGGACGGUUCCGCAAUCUGGUGUCGUCAACGGUUGUUCCAGUGCAAGCCAAACGUACAAAACUCGAUGUCCACGCGAUGGGUCUUUCCACGUCGCCUUCCUCCAGCAAAACGCUUCAUCAUUCACAUAGCCUGGUGCCCAGUUUGUAUCAUGGAAUUGACGAUCAAAUGCAUGACGACCGUGGCUCACCCGGCAAUACAUCCGGAUUCGCUUUCAAUAUGGACACUACACCCAGCGGACUCACCACAAAGUUGGGCAUCAUCCUACCGAAUCCGGCACCGGACGUUGAUCCGGCCAGUUCCAACACUGCACUGAUGCCUCCUCCCAUCUACACCAAUAUGGCCCCGAAAAGUGUCAAAAUUGUCGACAAGCCGGAAGUUUCGGACGAACCCAAGAAGAAGAAAUAUGCCAAGGAGCAGUGGCCUGGACGAAAACCACUCGGAUUGGGUGGAUUCUAAUCCAUAAUACUUUACAAUGUUAUAAUUGUAGAAUUUAUUUAUAUCGGUGUGACUAUAUUUGGUAGGCUGACAAAUUUACCGAAUUUGAAUUAACAUAUACUAAUCGAACGUUAACGUAGAAGAGAAAAAAAAAAUACAAUUUUAUUUUAAAGAGAA